AUGAGUAAAUUUGAAGUCGAGAAAUAUAAUAAAUUUAAAAAAGAGUUAGAAGACAUCAACAAAAAAUUAAUCAACUACGAAAAUAAAGAAAAUCGCCCACUGCCGGCGGAUCCGAUUGAAAGAAAACAAAGAAUAAAUGAAUAUAAAAUCGAAUUGACAGAUGCCUAUAAUAAUUAUAUUACAUAUAUUGGAACAUAUUAUAAAAAUCUUCCUACAAGAGAUCAGAAUAAAGCGGCAGAAUCAAUUCGCAAUUUGAAGCUACGCAUAUUACGAGCGUUAAAAGCUAUAAACUUAUCUCUUGACUUACCAAGGGAUUUUGAUAAAAUAGAUAUACACGCAAUUGAUAACAUUGAUACUGUUUUUAAUGAAUCAAUAAAUACAGGUAUUUUUGUUAGAGCAAGUGAACUUUCACAGACAUUAGAACCGACAGAGGUAGAUGGCGCUGUUGGAGGUGUAGUUUCACAGACAGACAAUAUUGACGACAAUAACAGACAACAACAAAUCAUUAUCCCCAAUAAAGAUAUACAAGAACAAAAUUCCGAUCAAGUGGUAAAUAACCCACAUAGUCAGGUGAGGGUUAACGCAAAUGAUACAACAAAUAAUCAAAGCGAUGUUACAUUAAAUUCAAACACAAUUAAUCAUUUGGUUGAUCAAAUAUUACAACAAGUAAAUAACAACGAUAAUCAAGAAAAUAACGCGAAUAAUAACGACAAUAAUCAAGAAAAUAACGCGAAUAAUAAUAACCAUAAUCAAGAAAAUACGCGAAACACAGAAAACAGAAUGUCUGCAUCAAGAAAAGAAUUUUUGCGAUUAGCAGCCUCUAUGCUAAACAAAUAUGAUGGUGAUCCAUUACAAUUGAAUUCUUUCAUCGAUUCAGUAGAACUGUUGAAAGAAAUGGUCGAAGACGCAGACAAAGACGUCUUCACAAAACUCGUAAAAUCUAGGUUAGAGGGCACUGCUCGUGAAGUAGUUGACGAUAACCCAGAAAACGUUGACGAAAUCAUAAACGAUUUGAAAGCAAACAUAAAAGCAGACUCAUCGAAAGUAAUCGAAGGGCGCAUGUUAGCUCUUCGCACCGAUAAAACAAAUUUAUCAAAAUUCUCCGAAAGAGCAGAAGAAUUAGCUGAAGAUUACAGACGCAGCUUACAACUUGAAGGUUUUUCAAAGGCCAAAGCCAAAGAACUUUCAAUUGAAAAAACCGUUGAAUUAUGCCGUAAAAACGCGCGUAACGACACAGUUAAGGCGGUAAUCGCAGCAACUAAAUUCGAAUCUCCGAAAGAAGUAAUUUCAAAAAUGAUUGUAGAAAUAAAUAAUCUUAAACAAGAUAGAACAAGUACUUCAAACAACAACAACAACGAUCGUGGAAAUCGUAACAAUGGCAACAAUAACAGCUACAAUAACGGAAACAACAACAACUUCCGAAACAAUAACGAUCGCGGAAAUCGUAAUAAUAAUAACAAUAAUAAUAAUAAUCGUAAUAACAACGGAAACCGCGGCGGGAAUUACAACAACAAUCGUCGCAAUGAACAUACAAUUCGUCUCAUAGCGGGAAACGAAGCGACUCCGGGGGACGGCGGAACAGCUCAACCACAGGCAUCGACAAGCUAUCGCCUACCGAACAACUAA